GAUGCCUGAGGCGGCCGCCGCCGAUCAUGGUCGUACUUCUUCAUCAGGGAGCUGCCUUUCCUGAUGAAGCCGCCCAUCGUGGAGGUGCCGCCCCUACGCAUCAUGCAUCAUUUUCUUCCUUCUCUCGCUGAUCCAGAUCGGCAGCUGGCAGGUGCGUGUGAUGUUUGUUUCUUCCUGCCGUACAUCAUGAAGCUGGAGAUGCUACUCAUCUUGGUGUUGCAGGUGCUCGUUGCGUUCCAGGUUGCCUCGGUCAUGCGCCGGUCCUGGCAUGCCCAGCCUCAGUCGAAAUUUUCCGGGUGGUGCUGGGGUUCGUGGGAUUCCUGGUUUUCUCGAUCGUCGUUUUGCCGAUGGUGUUGCUGGCCGUGCUCGUUUUGCCGUCGGCGGGGGUGCUAAGGCUGCUCGUGGCGCUCUCUAUCGCCGUCCUGCUGCUGACGUCCCUGGAGAUCCUGGGGUUCACCGUGAUGGGAAUGCUAUUCAUCUUCUGGUGCUCUCGAUUCUCGGGCAGCUGAUAGCGCGCCUCGUGGUGCUCGUCAUGUUCAUUGUGCCGCAGAUGCCCAUGGAGUUUCAGGUGCCCGAGUUUGCCCGCCUGCAGAUUGCAUUCCUGGUAAUGGUCGUCCUGUCCACAGUGGUGCGGCUGCUCAUGGAGUUUCUGGUGCUCCUGAUCGUCGGCUCGCUGAUGGCGCACCAGGUGAUUUUCAUUCCGCUCAAUGGGCGCGGAUGCGAAUCAAGUUUCUGGCGUUCCCGAUUUUCGGCCUGCUGAAAACGUGCAUGCCGAUGCCUGUGCCGCUUGUGAUGGUGCGGAUGCGCAUCAAGUUUCUGAUGUCCCCGAUCGUCCUCCUGGCUUUCCUGGUGACGCCCGUGCCGUUCAUGGUGGCGCGGAUGAUGAUGGAGCUUCUGGCGUUUCCAAACAUCGUUGGCCUGCCGGUGGCGUGCUUGGUGAUGCUUCUCACGUUCGUGUUGGUGCGGGGUCGUUGGGACUUUCUGGAGCCCUCGAUUGUCGGCCCGCCGACGGCGAUCAAGGGGGCGUACAUGAUGUUCAAAAUGGUGAGGAUGCGCAUGGAGCUUCUGGUGCUCGCGAUCGUCGGCCUACCGAUCUCAUCCGCGAGCGUGCACAUGGUGCCAGUGUUCCUUCGUCGAGGUCGCCGCCUCGGAUUCAGGCCUGCGGUGAGCGAGGAGGUUCAUGAUGGCACCUCUAAGGUCCCUCCUGUCCCCGGCUUGCUGAAACCCGUGCGUCGUUUGCGGAGCCUUCUGGUGCGUCCUCUUUCUUGCACGUGCCUCGAAGGUCUCAUACCGCAAGGCAUGGGCAGGAAGGCAAAGUGAUCAACAUUUUGGUACAACAACCGCGCCAGGCUUCCAAUCUGUGACAACGCUUGAUGUACCCGGUGUUUUUUUGCGGAACGCAAGGGUAAUCUCAGCAGCCUUUUCUGUCGUUCGACUGGCUUGCCGUCGCUCUCAGGGCAGUCGCUGUAUGAGAAGGCCUUGUCAGUUGCCGCCAACCUGCGUCGAGGCAGCUGCAGCGAGCUGACUGCGCUCGCGCUGCUCAAACCCAGAUGGCUGAUUCGGAGGAGGGAAGUGUACUAACAAUGACAUGUACA